AUGGAGACACAAAACCAUCCAUUAAAUUCGGAUAUUCCAAAUGCUGAAGAAAACAUUAAAGAAAGCAACGGGGAGAAUGAUGUAAACAGCAAAGUCAUUGAAUCACAGAAUGACGGGAUUAAUGACGCAAAUACAAAACAUGGAAAUAUCGUGAAUGGCAACUUGUCUGAUUCCGAACAAAAUUUUGAAAAUCUGUCUCUAAGCCAGCAGUUGUUGAAAAACGACUCAUCAAAAGCCGGGACGGAUGAUAAUAGUAGAAAUAUGUCUAAAGAAAAAUUUGAUAGGGAUUAUGAUCAACAAGAUGAUGAUUUGAAAUCGUCUAGUGAGUUAAAUGAUGAUGAAAGUUCGGUUGAUCCAUUGUCGUCUCCAAAUGUGGAUAAUUCAAGGUGUGCUGUGUCGACAUCACCUAACAGCACUAAUGCUCUGUCUUCUCAAAAAUCUCCGAGCAGAAAAAAGGGAAGAAUGACUAACCAGCUUCAAUUUUUAAAAAAUGUUGUUAUAAAAACACUUUGGAAACAUCAGUUUGCUUGGCCUUUUUAUAAACCAGUUGAUGCAGUGAAACUCAAUCUGCCUGAUUACUAUAGUAUAAUACAUAACCCAAUGGAUCUUGGAACGAUAAAGAAGAGGUUGCAAGCAUGUUACUAUCAGGAUGCUCAGCACUGCAUUUGUGAUUUUAAUCAGAUGUUCACCAACUGCUACACUUAUAACAAACCAGGAGAGGAUAUAACUGUUAUGUGCCAAGAGCUGGAGAAAAAAUUUUUGCAGCUGUUGGCUGGCAUGCCCAAGGAGGAAGUUGAAUGCCAUGUUUCUAAGAAAAUAAAAAAUAUGAGAUACACAUCACCUCUUCCCCUGAGAAACAAAAUGGUUCUAGAACGUAGGUGUGGGACUGUCACAACUCCACCCAAUACACCUAUUCCACCAGUACAACAUAAUGUUGUGAAAGAGGAAGUUGUUACUAAUGAAAAUAACACAAACAUCAAACGAAAUAGCACCAGCACAGCAGCAAAUUCUUCAAAACAAAGCAAAAAAGGUGUAAAGCGAAAAGCCGAUACAACUACUCCCCACCCACCAGCUCUCCCCACAUCAUCCAGCUCAUUCAAAUGCAUCAGUAACACCAGUCCUAGGGCCAGUGACCUAUUACACAACAGUAGUUUCUCGUCACUCACUGCCAUGCCUGGCUCCAUCAACAGUCGGAGGGAGAGUAGUAGGCCAGUAAAAAAACCAAAGAAAGAUCUCGAUGAUGAUCAGUUGCAGCAUAGUUCAAAAAUCAGAAAAGAUCCACUGUCAGAGUCUCUCAAGUUCUGUGGCACUGUCUUGAAGGAACUGCUAUCUAAGAAACAUGCUGAUUAUUCGUGGCCAUUUCUAAAGCCAGUUGAUGCUGAGUUGUUAGGUUUGAAAGAUUACCAUGAAAUUGUCAAGAGACCAAUGGAUCUUGGUACCGUUAAGACAAAGCUUGAUGGUAGAUGCUACAGGACUGCUUCAGAAUUUGCAGAGGAUGUGAGAACGGUCUUCACAAACUGUUAUAAGUACAAUGAUACUGAGAGUGAUGUCGUCAAGAUGGCCAGAAAGCUUCAGGAUGCCUUUGAGCUGCAUUUUGCACAUGUUCCAGAAGAUGGCCCUCGCCCACAUAACACCUACUAUCACAACGACUCCAAUGAUUACUAUGAGGCCAGCAACAAUAAUUCUUCCAAAAGCAGUAGUGAUGAGGAAAAUGAUGAAGAAGAUGACAGUGAAGAGGCAAGAGAACGAAGAUUGCGAGAGCUUCAGGAACAGUUGAAAAUAGUCCAAGAGCAAUUAGGCAAGUUGUCUGAGUCAAAGUCAAAACAUAAAAAAGAGAAAAAGCACAAAAAGCCUCAAUACAGUCAGUCAUUCUCUCAACAGCAGCAGCAAACACAUCCUAAUCACUUGCAACAUCUACCAAUGCAGCCACAGAGGUCGCAAAUACCUGCUCGCCCUCAAACAACCACACCUCUUCAAAAUCCUCUCCGAUCACCACCUAUCGCCAAUAAUUACGCACAGCCACAUUUGCAGGCCACUCUAGCUUCACCAACAUUACCAUCUCCACAUGUGCCUAAUUCAAUACCACCAAGAACCAAUCCUGGUCCUGGUCGACCAAAAUCUUCAACCAAACGAGCUCCAUGCACGUCUACAUCAAAACCCGGUAGAAAACCAACCAGUAAGCUUGCUCCUCUUUCCAUGGCUUCAUUCGAAAGUGAUGAAGAAGAAGACGUUCGACCGAUGACUUAUGAUGAGAAACGACAGCUUAGUUUAGACAUCAAUAAACUUCCAGGUGACAAACUUGGUAGAAUUGUCUUAAUAAUUCAAGCAAGGGAGCCUAAUUUGAAAGAUUCCAAUCCUGAUGAGAUUGAAAUUGAUAUAGAACAGCUAAAGCCAUCAACAUUAAGAGAACUUGAAACAUAUGUUGCUUCCUGUUUAAAGAAAAAACCUAGAAAGCCAUAUACUAAGCAAUCGCAAGUCAAAUCACAGACGUCGUUUGUAAAGAAGGAAGAGCUUGAGAAACGAUUGGAGGAUGUUUCGGGUGUCCUUGCCGCUGGUCAAAGCAAAAAAUCUCACCCAAAAAAAGAUACAAAGCAAGCCAGCACAGCAUCUCGACUGAGUGACAGCAGUUCAAGCAGUGACACAUCAGACAGUGACACUUCUCCAUCUUCUAGCAACUCCAGCGACUCUGAACUUGGCUAA